AUCUACUGGUUAUCCGUUGGAGCUGAGUCAGCUGACGAGUUGUUUUGACUGACGUUUCUUCACUUUCCUCCUCCAUCGGUCACACACUCCCUGAUCGAUCAAAUUCACGUUAUCCAUUCUCUCUCUCUCUCUAAAAAACAAUAAAAAUCAAUCUGAACCUUAUCGUCCAUCAAAUUGGUUCAACAAAAAAUGGACGGUGCAGAUGGCGCUUCUUCAGGAGAUAGUAGAUUCAAGCUCUACGAUCAGCUAGAAUUACAGGAAUUUCAGGACAAGUACGUGAUCAAAUCCAUUGAAUCCCCAAACCAAGGUUUCUCCAUCGGCCGCCGUGACGGCAACGUUGAACCGCUUACCGGUGAUGACACUUGUUCUCUAAAUCCUUCAAAAGUCUCAACAAUUUAUGGAGUUGUUGGAACCAUUAGAUUGGUUGCAGGAACGUAUGUACUCGUAAUAACUUCUCGGAAAGAAGUCGGGACUUUUCUUGGUUUUCCUAUUUUUAAAGUUACGUCUAUGACGUUCCUGUCCUGCAAUGAGGCUUUGAAGUUUUCGUCUUAUCAAGAAAAACAAGAUGAGGCAUACUUUAGAACACUUUUGAGAACAGUGGAAUCGGCUCCUGGAUUAUACUAUUCAUACGAGGCAGAUAUAACUUUGAACUUACAGAGAAGAUACAAGUUAGCUGAAGGAUGGAUGACUAAACCAAUUUGGAAGCAGGCUGACCCUCGAUUUGUUUGGAACAGAAAUCUUUUAGAGGACCUUAUCGAGUCUAAGCUUGACGGUUUCAUCAUUCCUAUAUUACAAGGAAGCUUUCAGUCUGUACAGCUGAACUUAAAAAGUUCACAUGUGACGAUCACAUUACUUUCAAGGAGGUGUACACGGCGUCUAGGGACAAGGAUGUGGAGAAGAGGGGCUAACCUUGAAGGAGACACAGCAAAUUUUAUUGAAACUGAACAAUUGCUUGAACUUGAAGGUUUCAGAUCCUCAUUAUUGCAGAUUCGAGGCUCAAUUCCACUUCUUUGGGAGCAGAUUGUUGACCUAAGCUAUAAACCACGAGUUAGGAUCAUAAACCAUGAGCAGACGUCAAAUGUUGUGGAGCGCCAUUUCCAUGAUCUUUUACAAAGAUAUGGAGAAAUAGUAGCAGUUGACCUAACUGAUAAACAUGGUGAUGAAGGUGAACUAAGUGUGGCAUAUGCUGCUGAAAUGCAAAAGCUGCGAGAUGUAAGAUAUGUGUCGUUUGACUUUCAUCACUAUAAUGGCAACGCAAAUUUUGAUAACCUUAAUGUUCUGUAUGACCAAAUCUCAGAGGAUUUUGAAAAACAAGGAUACUUCCUUGUAGACAUGGAAGGAAACAUACUAGAGGAGCAGAAAGGAGUUAUUAGAAAUAACUGCAUUGAUUGCCUUGAUCGAACAAAUGUCACCCAGAGUUUUCUGGCUGAGAAGUCAUUAAACAUACAGUUGCAAAGGAUUGGAGUGCUUACAUCUUCAGAGGGUAUUUCUAUGUUUCCCGAAGAAUAUGGAAAAUUUAGAACAUUGUGGGCUGAGCAAGGUGAUGAGAUCAGUCUUGAAUAUGCUGGGACUAAUGCCCUGAAAGGGGACCUGGUUAGAUAUGGAAAGCAGACUGUAGCAGGACUAAUCAAAGAUGGAAUGAGUGCUAUUUCAAGAUAUUAUUUGAAUAAUUUUCAUGAUGGGGUUCGGCAGGAUGCAAUGGAUCUUAUAAGUGGUCACUAUACUGUCAAUAGAAAUAGUCCUUCACCAUUCCGGCUAAAUGGAUUUGAGUCACUCUCUUAUCUCCCAGCGGCAUCAGCUUUGAUAGUUGGAGGCUUGACGCUGACAUCGUUCACACUUCAGAAUGUUGGGCGAAGUGCACAGCAAUUUAUGUCUUCGGUAAUCUGGGCUGGAGUAACUGCUGGAGUUAUGGCAGUGGUUAAAGCUAAUGGAAGGCAGUUCUGUUCUAGGCCUCGAUUGUGUGGUCUUCUGUAAAUUGUUCUUUAACUAGUCUCAUUUGUGGUUUGCAAAUGGUACAGAUUGUAUACUAGCUUGAUAAUGUUCCAACCUUCUAAGUUAUUAUAAUUAAUGCGGAAUAUGUUCUGUUGGUUGAUCGCGA